GGUUGCUAGGCACAAAUCAAAAUAUGUUAUAAAAAUGUGCACAUGUUUAUUUAACUAGAGCUUACGUUGUGAAAAAUAAGCGAUUGUCGCGUUUAAAGUCAGUUGAAAACACAGUAGUCAUAUACAGAAUUUUUGUUAUUAGAUCUACUUUAUGUAAUGACUGGUAAUGCGACAAAGAACGGCGAUUAAAUCUGUUAUGGAUAAUUUGUGAAAUUUCAGACUCCAAUAGAAAUAUUGACUGGAUUUUAUUCUGUUUAUAGACUAGAGAAGAUGGCAGGAACACAGCCGUCGUAUAUAGAGCCGCCUUGGGAUAGAGGAUUUGUUACUUAUGAUGAGGUUAUGGCUGACAGAGAAAAUGUUGUGAGAUUGGAGAAGAAUGUAAAUCAGAGAGCAGCUUGGAAUGAAAACCUUGAAGAAGCCAGUUGGAAGAAGCGUAUCAGGUCUGAAGGAGACAUUAUAAAAGCCGAGUUGAGAAUGGCUGCAAAAGCUGCUCUCGCAGUUAGACGCGUCGCUCUGAAACAGUUAUUGGAAAAGGAAUUGGAAAUGUGGGAAAAAGAACUCAGUUUACAAGGAAAGACAUUCUAUAAACAGAGAAUAUAGAUGUGUGUUCAUUAAUACAACUAAACAUUAAUCAAAAUUUUACUGUUUUACUAUGUUUUCAUUUGUUGUCUCCCUUGUCCAUGAAUUUAAACUAGCUCUUCAUCUGCAAGAUAUCUUUCUUUCAUUAUAGAAAGUGCUAGAUACUUUAUUCAUUUCAGAAAUUGUUACUAGUUUUGGAUAUGUAUUUAAAACAAAAUAAUAAUAACAUUAAAACAACAACAACAACAACAAAAACUGUGUUAAAUUUUAUUGACACAUUUUUUUCUGCCUAUAAAGUUUUUGAACAAGUAAACACAUCAAGAGAUUUCUAAUUAUUAAAUUUCAUUUCUAAGAAAUAGCUUAAAAUGAAACAUUGCAUGGUAUUGUUAAAAUGCGUAGUUACUUCCCAUUAUUUCCAAGAAACCUGUAUAUUUAAAACGCUAACAUUGCGAAAAUUCACUUUCUGUAAAAUGUAUAGAUUAGUUUUAAAAAAAUGUUCAUUAAAAAUAAUGAUAUUAUAAGAUUUUCAGCAUUAUGUUUAUGAAAGUAUUAUAUAUAUAUAUAUAUAAGGCAAGAUUACUAAAAUAGUUAUUUCUUUCUUACAUUUUGCAUUUUCUUUGUUCAAACAAAAUGUAGAUGGUUGUAGUUCAUUUACUGGACUUGCUUUUUUGUUUUGUUUUGUUUUCAAACAAAAAUAUAAAUAAGUGGUUUACAUCAGUUUAAGUAUAUAUUUUUGUCAUAGGAAAUUACUGAAGACAGGAUUAAGUUUGGAUGGAAAUGCAAUGUUAAUGAGCAUUUUUAGCUCAUCUGAUAUUUUGAAAAAAAAAAAGAGAUAGGUUAUUGUCAUCAUUUGAUCAGCAUUGGUGUUGCCCGGUUAAGUUUUAUGUUUAGGUCAGUUUUUCUCCUAAACUAUCAAAACUAUUGCUUUGUAACUUGCAACACUUGUUCACCAUUAAUACUUGACUGUACAGGAAGAAACAUAACUCCAUCCUGCUUUUUGCAAGUAUUAUGGCCCCUUUUGGACUUUUACAUAAAUAUUACAUUGUACGAUAAUUGUGCAUGCAUUUAUCAUUUGCAGUUAUUUAAGCACUGUCUUAGAGUCAAAAAAUUUUAUUUAGUGGAAUUGUAUAUUUUAUUGAAGCAAUCCGUUUUUCGUGAUUGAAAAGUCUGUGAUAAAAUCAAAUAGGAAAUCAAACUGUUUAUUUUAAUGUUGUUUGAUCAAAAUUUAUGCAUAUUUAACUCUGUUGUCUGUAUUUACUGCUGUGUGAUGAUGUAAGUAAAGUUUCAACUUUAGUAAAUUUGUUUUUAUUUUA